CCUCAUCGGAGCUCUCGUCGGAGGGUUCCUCGACCUCCUCCUCCUCCUCCUCUUCGACCUCUUCGGUGUGUUGUUCCGACUCGGCCAUCAUCUCGGUGUCUUCUGUGCGGGCGUGGGGGGGAUCUUCGUGAAUUUCAAAGUUGUCGCGGCUGCGUUUGCGUGUGGCCGUGGCCAUGGAGUGCGGCGGUCUCGACUCUGCGGUCAUGGGGCGGUGGGCCAAUCGCAAGUCUGCCGGGGCGGGAGAAGUGAGUGCCGGGGCAUGGAAGGGAGAGGGCGCGCGUGUAGAGUUCGAGACAGUGUCUAGGGCUGGGACUGUAGUUGGAGCUUGGUAUGGCUGGGGCGGGUAAGUGUGUGGUUGAUUCGGGUGGUUUUGUUGGUGUUGUGAUUGUGGUUGCGAUUGUGGUGGAGGAGGAGGAGGAGGGUGUGGUGUCUGGCGGCUUUGGUGUUGUGGCGGCGGAGUGGGCGUUGGUGUUGUUGCCCAAUCGUGCCGGUGCCAGGCCUGGACGUCGAGGGUCUGGCCAAAUCGAGUCAAUUGAUCGAUAGCAUCCAGGUUGGGUUGACUGAGGCCAGCUGAGGAAUCUCGCUGGGUUGUACACUGCGUCAUCCGAGGCUGUGGUGGAAGGAAUUGAGAGAAUGUUUUGUUGUAUUAUUCGAUUGAGUUUGAGACGGCGGUGGUCUUCUUUGGGA